AUGGAAACUGCAAGCGCACCUCCAUUCGAGCCAGUGGACGUUACUAGGCCAGUACCACGGAUAUAUCCUGGUUUAAAACGUGAAUAUGAAUACCAAGGAGUAGAAAACGUUCUAUCACCCCCUUCAUCAAUCGAAACGAGCAACUUUCGCCUUGUUCGCAUUUUAAACAUUGAGGCAGAGCUCCGCCAAGAGCGUGACGCUCGUCAUAAGCUGCGUAAGAAAUACACGCGCAUUACUUGGACACUCGACACCUUAUCUGCUGCAUCGAGUGCCUUAACAGUCGUGACAGGAACUGGAGGUAUUGCUCACACUCUAUCUGGUGUGGGCGCUCCGGCUGGGGCCGCUCUUGAAGCUUUUGCAGUCGCUGGCGGGUUGAUCUUAGGUGUUGGGCGUGUUCUUUGUAAAACUUCUCUACUCAAGGAGAUUAAAAAGACAAAUAAGAACUUAGAGCGUGAAAAAGAAGAAGCUGUUGCCGCCGCUGCUGAAAGCGCACGUCGUGAAGUAAUCGGUGGAACUGAUGAUGGUUAUGGAUCUGAAAAAGUAGGACCACCAGGACCUAGAGGCCCAAGAGGAGUUAAGGGAGAUAAAGGUGACACAGGAGCUGAGGGGUCUCUAGGAGAUACGGAUCCUAGAGGACCAAAGGAAAAAAAAGGUGAUACAGGAGCUACAUGGGCUCAAGGAGAUACGGGUCUUCGAGGACCAAAAGGAGGGAAAGGUGAUGAGGGUCCUAGAGGAGAUGACAGAACUGAUGGGACCAAUGGAAGUGAUGGUGCGCCUGAGGCCACAGGAGCUCAAGGGCCUUAA